AUGGGCGUCAAAAUAGAGAUAUUUAGGAUGAUGUUAUAUUUGUCUUUUCCGGUUGCGAUGUUCUGGGUCUCAAACCAAGCCGAAUAUUUUGAGGAGUAUGUCAUCAAAAGAAAGAGAGAGAUUUUUCCUCCAGACGAAGAAACCCAUAGAAAAGAGUUGGAGGACUUCAAAGAAAAAAUGCGUACUCGCAGAGAGAAACGGCUGUUUGAGGAAUCUGAAAACUAA